CCUAAAAGUUUUCAAAUUUUCAAAUUUUCCACUUAUUAUCUUAUUUUUACCCUUAGGACGGAUUUCUGGUGUUGACCAAUCCAAUCUCUUCUAAAUUCUCUAAACACGAUAAACAGCAAAUCCAAUGCCGAAAACCCAGAAUUUCUUCACCCUGCUAGCAUCGCUCUUGUUCAUUGCAGCCAUGGCUGAUUCAGAUACGAGUGUUUACAUCGUUUAUACCACGGUACCUGCCGAUGUCGAGGACCACGCCAAAUAUCACGUCGAAACCCUAGCUCCUAUCUUCGGCAGUGAGGAUGCAGCGAAGGAGGCGAUAUUGUACACUUACACGGCUGCAGCCACAGGGUAUUCCGCUAAGCUGACUCCUGCACAGGUUUCUAAGAUUUCCGAAAAUCCUGCCGUCCUUCAAGUUGUCAAAAGCCAACCAUCACUUUUACAUCUCUCCCAGCAUAAACUUACAUAGUUGGCAUCAGACAACGAUCAUCGCACCCACAUGUUAUACGAAUGAUAUCUUCUGCUUUUGUAUGUAUUGACAACUGCACGAGCCGGGCACGCAUUAACUAGCUCCAGGUUUAAAUGCAUGUUGUACCUUCUAGAAAGUAAUAAAUGUCGGGGCUCAUAUGAGGCGGACUCGUUCCCUCCGUUAGCUUCACUGUUGAACUAAGAAAGUUUGAACUUAGAUGAUAUACAUUCCUGUUUUUACUUGUGCAUGGACACGACGAAUAUGCAAAAUGUUUAUCCUUUUCAUAAACAAAACAUGCAAUAUGUAUGGAAAUAGAAAUGAACUGGAUGCGUCCACUAUUACUAUUAGGACACUGCUUUUGUUACGCCAUGAUACUCUGUACUCCGUAUUUGUUUCUGUCUAUGGUUGUUUACC